AUGUGCCAAAAUGUAUUCGUCAACUCUUUGGAUGAUUUCUGCUUUUUUGCACCUCCGAAAGCGGGCUCGACGAUUGGUGACACGGAAGCAAAAGUGGUGAGCAGGUUUCAGUUGCUCAGGCUGAGCGACUGUACGGAAGUUAAAUAGGGAUCCUGUACUCUUCGUAUGUCAGGUCUCUUUCUGCCUGAAGACUGGCUACGGAACUCGAACGGUUUCUGCGGACAUUUUUAAAGGGGCUCGUGGGUCGAGCUCCACACGCAGCACUGCAACCGCUACUACCGGAAUGCCACUCACUCGUCGCAUCACUUCGUUGCACAGACUACUUGGUCACCCCUCAUUACACCCAGAUCACGGCGAUUGGCGACUUUACCCGAGUGAACGUCAAGCGCGCAGACGAGGUGAGCCCGACCUGCGCAGCCGAUCAAGAAUUCCCUAAGGCUGAUCAAAUGUGUGCUCACCUCUCAGGGCGGCGAGCUCGACCCGCACGGAGCUACAGGUAAGGACUCGAGCUUGGUUGAGAAUUCAUGAAAGAAACUGUCUACUGACACGUAUUGCCCACCUCUGCAGGUGUAGGAAAUCCUAUCGGCGGUCUCGUGUACGCAAACGGACAACAAGGUGGGGCAUCGUCUGCCGCUCCAACGUUCGAUUCGGAGGCUACAGUGACUGACCUCGAUAGUAUUUUACGCUCUCGAAGUAUUUGAAUGGCACCAAUUCAUUUCCGACACUGAGCUCAGCCUCCGAGUAUGCACCUCCGACGAUGCCAAAGCGAACCAGAAAUGGUGCCCCCACAUAUGUGAGCCGGUCGUGGCAUACCCCUCGGCCCAUAAGAUCUCAGCAAGAGUUAUACCGCUGAAUCCGUCUAUCCUAUCCUUAUCUGGGUGCAGAUGACGAGAUGGGUAGUCGAUGGAAUGAUCCCGGAUCGUUUGCUCCCGGCUUCACCUCGUGCGAAGGGGACGGAUCCCCUCUGCCGUCGGGCAUCUACUCUCAGGGCGCUACCAAAAAGACAUUCCAUCAAGGCGACCAUUACAAACCCCUUGCUCCAUCUCCUGGAACCUUCAGGAACUGCGAAACGUUCUCGAGCCUCCAAGCAAUGGCCGCCAAGAAGGCCGGCAGGCGCUCGUCGCGCGCGGGGGGGGGGGGAGGGGGGGUCGUUCGGUCUACUGAGAGGGUCGUCUGA